AUGAUGACACUGCUGAUUUUUUCCCAAGGGAAGUGCGGCCUAUCCAAAGGAAUCACUCGCUACAUGACUGCGAUGGCAACAGGAGAUCUGAUGGUCCUUGUCUUCAGUGUGAUCGUGAGCCAGAUCAUCAAGGAUUAUUUCCCGGGCUCGCUGCUGAAAUACACUCUGGCCUGCCGACUCAAUGUCUUCCUGCAAGGGCUCAGCCUCCAACUCUCCAUCUGGUUUACCAUCGCCUUCACCUUUGACCGCUUUGUAGCAAUUUGCUGCAACAAAUUGAAGGCAAGAUAUUGCACUGAAAGAACAGCCAAUGUAGUCAUAUCCAUUGUGAGUGCUUUUAACAUUAUGGUCAACAUUCCCUUGCCUUUUCGAUAUGAGCCCACUCAUGUUCUGAACAAUGAACAGUUGGGCUGCCGUACAAUCGCCAGUUACCACACUUCACUGGCCUGGGCAGCUCACCGGUGGCUCACCAACAUCACAAACAUGUUUCUUCCUAUUCCCCUGCUGCUGCUGUUGAACUCUCUCACUGCCCACCACAUCCUAGCAGCCAGCAGAGCUCGCCGGGCCCUGAAGAGCAACAGAGGUAGUGCUGGGCAGAUGGGCAGAGACCCCGAGCUGAAGACCAGGAGGACCUCCAUCAUUCUGCUGUUUACCAUCUCCAGCUGCUUCAUUGUGCUGUCGGCACCCAUCACUGUCAUCCACAUCUGUGUCGGUGUUACUCGGCUUGUGGCUUUCCAAGGUUCAAGCUCACUUUAUGUGACAGUCAGGCUCGCGUUCCUCCUGAUGUGCACCAGCUCCUGCACAAACACCUGUAUUUAUGCACUGACCCAGAGGAGGUUCAGGGAGGAGGUGAAAAAUAUGCUUAAGUAUCCCUCCUCGCUGCUCUGUAAGCCACGUUACUAA